UUCGCGAGUUUAAUUCCAUCGCGAGAAGAAUUUUUUCUAUUUUUCCCCGAUUGCAUAAAAAACUGAUUCGAAUGAAUACUCCGCCAACAAUGAAUCCAGCAUCACUUCCAAUGGCACCGACAAAAUUAAAUAAAAGUAAACAACUCAAUAAAUUGGAUAUUAGACCAAAAAAAUUGUUAUACAAUGAUCCGGAUGUUAUUGAAAAUGAUUCAAUUGAUAAAAAAAUUAAGGAAUCAGCGGCAAUUGUGGAGAAAUCGUUAAAAAUUUCUAAAACUAAAUCCACCGAUGAGAUUAAUGACUUUACAAAACACAUUGAACAAAAUGAAUUGGACAAUGAUGAUGCUGAUGAAGAAACGCAAAUUGAACAUUCAUAUAAUUUACGACGAAGAAUUGUAAAUUCAAAGCAAGAAUUAAAAAAGAAAUCAAUGCAAAAGAAAAUUGUUGAUAAGGAAAAUGUUCAAUUAGAAACACCAAGCACGAGUGAUUUUGAUUCAAAGGGUUUGCCACUUUCUCAGCCUGAAAAACAAUUAAACGAGAGGGAAAAAGUCAUUUGGCUUCAAAAGCGAAGGGACAUUGGUCUUUGGAUAGAAUGUUGCAAUAAAAAAUGUAAAAAAUGGAGAUUUGUGGAAGAAUAUCACGAUCCAAUUGAAGUUCCGAAAAAAUGGUUUUGCUUCAUGAAUUCUGAUAAAAAAUUCUCAUCGUGUGACACAUCUCAGGAUUCAAAUUUUGAUAAAUGCAAAAAUGAUCUAAUAGAUAAUAAAUUUAAUGCAGGAAGUAUUGUUUGGGGAAAAAUCAAUGGUUAUCCAUGGUGGCCAGCAAUGGUAGAUGAUUGUCCGGAUACAUUAAAAUAUUACGAACUCAAAGGUUCAUCCUCGAUUCCGGUCAGAUAUCAUGUUACCUUUUUUGAAAAAGAUGUCUCACGUUCCUGGCUCGCUGCAUCGCGAAUAAAACCUUUGCAAUUGAGCGAUGAUAUACAACCGAUCAAAAAACCAAAGCUUAUUUUUCAUAAGAAAAAUUAUACAGAAGACGUGAAAAAAUACUUGACAUUGGCAAAAUCAUCAUUACCAUUGUCAAUAACUGAAAGAUUGGAAAAAUAUAGUUUCGUAUCACAAUAUAAAGGAGAAAUAAUUAAUAAAAAUUGGAAAACAACAUCAGCUCGAAAAAAAACAUUGUCACGAAUUGGAGUAUUAAAAUCAUCGAAAAAAAGAAAACAACCCACAAAAUCAAUUAAUAUUCCAUCAGGUAAAAUGUAUGUCAAAUCAAAUACAAAUAAUAAUAGUGAACCAAAAUCAUCAAAUUCGAAAUCAGAGACAAAAAUUGAUUCACAUAAAAAUUCAGAUUCAGCUUAUGUAUCAGACGUUGGUUUACCAUCGCAAUCACUUUCUGCCGAUUUUCAAUUUUUAAAACCACAUCCAAAAACACCGUCUACAGCGGGAACUAUUAAAAAAACAAAAAAAUCCCCAUUAAAAUUCAAUUCCAAUAAAAAAUUAUUAAAAAAAUCACCGCUAUUAGAAUUGAAUUCUCAAUUAUCAUUUAAAUCAUCUUCCGAUGAUGAUGAUGACAAUAGAUCCCUUUUAUCGAUUGCUAGUUUCGAUUUAUCGCCAUUAUCGGCAAUUGAUUUCAAUAUUGAAAAAGAAUUUGUACAAUCAAAAAAAAGAUCAUCAUUGGAUAUUGAUGACUGUGAAAAUAAUAGUCGAUGUUCAUCACCAUUUGGCGGUGGUGCAGAGGGAAGAGAAAUAAAUCGUUUACUUGAUGAGCUUAUUGAAAAAUAUGAUUAUUUUGAUCCUAAAAAAUUGGACGAUUUUGAUCUUGAUGAUUUAAAAAAACGUUGCAAUUACGAUCAGGAAUCAUUAACUGACAGUGAUGAAGAGGAAGAGAGAAAAUGGUUUUAUUUUUUAAAAUCAGAUAAUGAACACAAUUCCGAUUCAAGUGAUAGUGAAGUGACAUCAAUUAAAGAUGGAAAUAAAUCACCGAAAAUUGUAAUGAAACGAAUUGAGAAUUUUGAUGAAUAUUUAGAUAAAGCGAUAGAAGAAUUAGAUAAAGUUCGCAUAAAGCGACCAUCUCCAACGCCUGAAUCAAAAUCUCGUUUAAAAAAAUUUUUAUAUCUUCGAUAAUUAUUUGUGAAACAAAUAAUUUUAUACAUUCAUUCAAUUAUAAUUCUUUUGCUUUUUUUUAAAAGAAAUAUUUAUACUGAAUAUUAAUUUAAUUCAAUAUUUAUAAUUAUUUUCAAUAAUUCAAUUCUUAUUUCGCUUAUGAUAUUCAUCGUAUCGCGUAACAAAUUUCUUUUUAUUUUUCUGAGUUUGAAAUUUCGUUUUUUUUUUUUCUCAUAGAACAUAUAUUUGUACAAAAAGAUAAUAAUUUGUACUUUGUUGUCUAUUACUAAUAGAAAAAAUAUAUUUAUUUACGUACGUUAAAUUACUUAUCUAAAAAUGAAAAUUAAAUAGAAAACUUUUUGUUAAAUUGACUCUGUAAUAAG